GGUUCGGAAAAGGGCCCCCAGGCGAGCACUCAGUCCCGGCGAUUGGAGCUUUUCUGUGCGAAAGCCGAAGAACCCUGCCCGCUUCGAGAGCACCGACCCGCCCGGGGCCAAGCCACCUCACACACCCGGACACUCAGCACCAUUCAGCGCGAAGCUCUCACACCAGACAUGCCCUGCGUGCAGGCUCAGUACGGGCCCACCCCUCCAGGCUCGGCCUACUCCAGUCAGUCCUUCGGCUACCAAGGCGAUAGCUACGCCUCUGACCUCAUGACCUCCGACUACACCAAGCUGGACCUGGGCGGAGGCGAGAUCUCAGCUGCGGCCGCCACCACCUCCCUGCCCAGCUUCAAUGUGUUCGUAGAGGGGGGAUACGAGCCCAAGUCGUCCUGCCUGUACCAGAUGCCCACGCACAGGCCGGCUAUUAAGAAGGAGGAGGACAGCUACCCGACUGCUCCGCAACUGGAGGCCUUGUCCUCCUCUGCCAUGUACUUUAAACAGUCUCCCCCCUCCACACCCACCACCCCUUCCUUGCCCCCACAGCCCGGCACUUCUUUCCUGUGGGAGGAGCACUCUCUGGUCCCUCCGUCGCACCCCCACUCCAUGGGUUCCAACCUGGACGCAGGUUCCCACAAAUCGCCCCGCUUUCCGCACUUCUACCAGCACUCGCCGCCCCACAGCGGUGGCAGCGUGGGGGGCUAUGAGAGUCUUGGAGGAGGUCUGGUCCGUACGUCAUCCUCCUCUUCAUCUUCAUCCUCCUCGGUCUCUCAUGCUCAUGGCCCGCCGCUGGAGCAACAGCCCAUGUACCAGCUGCAUCGCGGGGCUGGUGGAGCCAGCCUCGCGUUCCGCUCUCUGGCACUUGGCCCCUGCGGUCCCUUGCUCGGGGAAAGCCUGCCCUCGCCCCCGCCGCGUGGCCCCCAAGGAGAGGGCACCUGCGCUGUGUGUGGGGAUAACGCGGCCUGCCAGCACUACGGCGUCCGCACGUGUGAGGGCUGUAAAGGCUUCUUCAAGCGCACUGUGCAGAAGAACGCCAAGUAUGUGUGUCUGGCCAGUAAAAACUGUCCUGUGGACAAGAGGAGACGCAACCGCUGCCAGUACUGCCGCUUCCAGAAAUGUCUGAGUGUGGGCAUGGUCAAGGAAGUGGUACGCACCGAUAGCUUGAAGGGGCGUCGUGGCCGUUUACCCUCCAAACCAAAGAGCCCCCUGCAGACAGAGGCAGCUCCUCCCUCACCGCCCCUCAGCCUGAUCUGUGCUCUGCUCAGGGCUUAUUCCCACUGCACACCCCAUGACCUUGACUAUAGCCAGUUCAGUACUGCCGACCCUCCCUCUUCCUCGUCGGACGCAGAGCACAUCCACCUCUUCUACCGGCUCCUCACCAUUUCCAUGAAGACCACGCGGUGCUGGGCCGACCGGCUUCCGGGUUUUUCUGAGCUCCAGCGGGACGAUCAGAACCUGCUUAUAGAUUCUGCAUUCCUGGAGCUGUUUGUCUUGCGAUUGGCCCACAGGUCAAUGCUGUCAGAGGACAAACUGGUGUUCUGUAACGGUUUGGUGCUGCACAGGUUCCAGUGCCUUCGCGGCUUUGGAGAGUGGCUGGACUCAAUCCGGGACUUCUCCACUCAUCUCCAGAGCUUAAACCUGGACGCCUCUGCCUUCGCCUGCCUAGCCACGCUCGUACUGCUCACAGAGCAAGUUCCAGGCCUGAAGGACUCCAAGCGAGUGGAGGACCUGCAGAACAAAGUUGUUUGUUGCCUCAGAGACCACCUGGGCUGCGGGCCCUCUUCGUCAGCUACGAAGGCAGCGCCCGCCCUGAGUCGUAUUCUGGGUUUAAGGGCAGAGCUGCGCUCCCAGAGGACUCAGGGCCUUCAGCGGAUCUUCUACCUGAAGCUGGAAGACCUGGUCCCACCCCCACCAUUGAUUGACAGGUUCCUGGACACUCUGCCUUACUGA